GUGGAGGGCAGGGGCAAAGAUGGGACACAUGGACAAGGAGCCGGCAAGCUUGGUCAAUUCUGACUCAGGACACUGAGCUCCCGAGCCGGCCGAGGAGAUGAAGCAGCCCAGUCCACGUGCCCCGCCUCCCGCCCCUGAUUUCACUUGAUACCAAACCAGAAACUGAAACAGGGUCAGGAUUCCCGGCUUGAAGUCAGAGAUGAGUCACUGCUAAGAGCAACUGCAGUAGCUGAGAAGGGGCACCAGAGAGGCAGGCCGCACAUCUGAGGGUCCCGGUGGAACAUGGCAAGAGGCACAGAUGUGGUGGCCAUGGACUGCGAGAUGGUGGGGCUGGGGCCCUUCAGGGAGAGUGGCUUGGCUCGCUGCAGUCUCGUAGACUACCGCACCGUGCUCUACGACAAGUUCAUCCGGCCUGAGGGCGAGAUCACCGACUACAGAACCCCCGUCAGUGGGAUCACGGCUCAGAACAUGGAGGGGGCCACCCCGUUUGCCGUGGCCAGGCUGGAGAUCCUGCAGCUCCUGAAAGGCAAGCUGGUGGUGGGUCACGACCUGAAGCACGACUUCAAGGCGCUGAAGGAGAACAUGAGGAACUAUGCCAUCUACGACACGGCCGCGGACAAGCUUCUUUGGCGUGAGGCCGGCCUGCUGUACUGCCGGCGUGUCUCCCUCCGCGUGCUGAGCCAGCGCCUCCUUGGAUGGCGCAUCCAGGACAGCGUGUCGGGACACAACUCGGUGGAAGACGCCAGGGCAACAAUGGAGCUCUACCGAAUCUCCAGGAGAAUUCGAGAACUACGAGGACUGCCCGUCUGGUGGUAUUCAGCCCCCUCCCCAAGGACUACAGACCUUCGUGUCUUCAAAACAAAAAUGCCCUUGUUUUUGGAAAAAUAUUUUUAGCAAUAAAAUGACUCUAUAUUUUCUCUACUC